AUGGAUCCACCAGUGCCUCCAACUAUACAAAUCAUAGGCAAGUUCUCACUCCACAGUGAAAGUAACAACACACGCGUCGACGCCACGAGAGUGAGCAUAGCCGGCAUUGAGCUCGUUACAGCAGGCAAUGUUCGUAAGCCCGGGCUCUGCGAUGAGGUGGUCGAGGAGGGUCAAGUUAAAGUCACCGGGCACAGUGAAGACAUCGGUGACGCUGAUUUGGACUGGUCAGCCAACAAGGUGGCGACCCAGAGUAGCCUCGGACGAGUUGAUCACGAUGGAGUUGCCAUAGUGGGGCCAUUUGGUAGAGGAUGCCUACUUCAUUCCUUGCAGGCUUACAAACUUAAAGCACUCCGAUUUUGGUGUCCAUGGAUUGCUGAGUGA